GUUGCGCCGCGUUUAUUUCGCCAUGGAAAGCCGAUGCCUGCGGCGUAGGGAUGCGGGAGAGGGGGAAGAGCCCGCGUGUCCAUCCCCGCUCUGUCUUUCGCUUUAAAAGGUCCGGAUCUUCCUGGUCAUCUGAUCCAGGUCAAGCAGGACUUUCCGUCGGUGACGGAUCCCACCGGAGCAGCUUCCCGCAGCGGCCGCUUCCCCCCGGCAGGAGGGCGUGAGGCUCCUUCAAUCCCUGGAAUACUGAGAGGUUGGCGCCGGCGCCGCGCCGUCCAUGGAUCACCUCCCGCCAUGAGCACGGAGGCCGAGCAGCUCCUGGGGGCCGGGAUUCCCCUCUGGAGCGUCUCCUCCGGCUGGGCGGGCUCCGAGCCGCCCCCCAACAGCAGCGCGGCGGCGGCCGAGGCCGAGCGUCCGUCGGGGCGCGGCGAGAGCGCGGCGGAGAUCGCGGGCAUGGUGGUCCUGCAGUGCGUCUACGGCCUGGUGUGCCUGCUGGGGCUGCUGGGCAACGCGCUGGUCAUCUUCGUCAUCCUGCGCUACGCCAAGAUGAAGACGGCCACCAACAUCUACCUGCUCAACCUGGCCAUCGCCGACGAGCUCUUCAUGCUCAGCGCGCCCUUCGUGGCCACGGCGGCGGCGCUGCGGCGCUGGCCCUUCGGCCGCGCGCUCUGCCGGACCGUGCUGGGCGUGGACGGCCUCAACAUGUUCAGCAGCGUCUUCUGCCUGACCGUGCUCAGCCUGGACCGCUACAUCGCCGUGGUGCACCCGCUGCGCGCCGCCUCCUACCGCCGCCCGCGCGUGGCCAAGCUGGUCAACGGCGGCGUGUGGCUGCUGGCGCUGCUGGUGGCCUCGCCCAUCCCGGUGUUCGCCGGCACCGCCGUCACCCGCGACGGCCGCGCCGUGGCCUGCGACCUGCUGUGGCCCAGCCCGGCGUGGGCGGCCGCCUUCGUGGUGUACAGCAGCGCGCUGGGCUUCGUGCUGCCCGUGGUGGCCAUGGCGCUGUGCUACCUGCUGCUGGCCGGCAAGAUGCGCGCCGUGGCGCAGGGCGUGGGCUGGCGGCAGCGGCGGCGCUCCGAGGGCAAGCUGACGCGGCUGGUGGUCACCGUGGUGGCCAUGUUCGUGGUGUGCUGGCUGCCCUUCUACGUGGUGCAGCUGCUGGAGCUGCUGCUGCCCGGCCGGCUGGACGCCAGCGCGCACAACGCCUCGCUGCUGCUCAGCUACUCCAACAGCUGCGCCAACCCCAUCCUCUACGGAUUGCUCUCCGAGAAUUUCCGCAGCUCCUUCCAGGGCGUGCUGCGCCGCUGCCGCGCCGCCGGCCUGUGCUGCUGCCGAGGCGCCGACGGCGAGCCGGGGGACAGCGAGGACGAGGAGGAGCCCCUGGAUUACCGCGCCACGCCCCGCGGCGACGCCAAGGGCUGCGCGUGUCCCCCCCUGCCCUGCCAGCAGCACCCCCUGCGCCCCCAGCCCUGCUGCGCGCCCGGGGCCCUCCUCCCCAAAACCACCCCCUUCUAG